GAACAAUUUCAGUUUAUCGAUUGAUGUUGCACCAAUAACAAGUAUUAAUAGUAUUUAUUUGUCAUUUAAAAACUAGUUUGUUUAAUUAUGAAACUGAUAUCGUAAUUUAUUGAUAAACGUGGACAAGUUCAAAAGAAUCGCGUCUAAUUUAGUGCAAUUUUUUAAAAUGUGGAGGACUAGUAGAAUCGUGGAGAAGUGUCCGAGAGUUGCUACUCGGACUUAUGCUAGUUCGAAAAAAAAGAUUAUUGCCAUCAGACGGGAAGAUCAAAGUAUUUGGGAAAGAAGAGCACCUUUUGCUCCCAGUCAUGUUCGGAAGCUAGUCAAACGUGGAGUAAAAGUUAUCGUCCAGCCCAGUAAUCGAAGGGCGUAUCCCAUGCCGGCCUACCUCAAUGCCGGAGCAACUGUACAAGAAGAUAUUUCUGAAGCAUCUGUGAUAUUUGGAGUCAAACAAGUACCAGUAGACCAGUUAAUACCCGAAAAGACUUACUGUAUAUUUUCACACACAAUCAAAGCUCAAGAAGGAAAUUUACCGUUGUUGGACGCCAUCUUGGAAAAGAGAAUCAGAUUGAUCGACUAUGAGAAACUUACGGAUGACAAAGGUAACAGAGUGGUGGCGUUUGGUAAAAUGGCUGGUAUUGCUGGGACGAUCAAUAUUUUGCACGGACUUGGAUUAAGGUUGUUAGCCCUUGGUCACCAUACUCCUUUUAUGCAUAUAGGACCUGCCCAUAACUAUAGGAACUCUAGUAUGGCACGACAAGCGGUCAGAGAUGCAGGUUACGAAAUAUCCCUAGGUCUAAUGCCCAAAUCCAUAGGACCUUUAACUUUUGUCUUCACAGGAUCUGGAAACGUAUCGCAAGGGUCGCAAGAAGUCUUCCAAGAAUUGCCCCAUGAGUACGUAACACCAGAGUUUUUGAAAAAGGCUGCGGAACAUGGAAGUCUAAACAAAGUUUACAGCUGUGAAGUUCGAAGAAGUCACUAUCUGGAACGCGCUGACGGUGGUGGCUUCGACCCAGUCGAAUAUGAAGAACAUCCCGAAAGAUAUGUUUCUACUUUUAGCAAAAAGAUUGCCCCAUACGCAUCGGUUAUAAUAAACGGAAUAUACUGGGCAGUAAACAGUCCAAAGUUACUAACAAUACCAGAUGCCAAACAUCUCCUUAAACCGGCCCACACACCUUGGUUACCUACUGCACACGGAGCUCCAGCAUUACCGCAUAGGAUGUUGGGUAUUUGUGACAUUUCUGCUGACCCAGGCGGUUCCAUUGAAUUCAUGAACGAAUGUACAACCAUAGACACGCCAUUCUGUCUAUAUGAUGCCGAUAGAAACAAAGACACCAACAGCUUUAAUGGUCCAGGUGUUUUGGUAUGCAGUAUUGACAAUAUGCCAACGCAAAUACCUAGAGAGAGUACAGAUUUCUUCGGAGAUCUUCUGUUUCCAUUUGCCUUUGACAUACUUCAAAGUGAUGCACAGAAACCAUUAGAAAAUCAUAAUUUUUCGCCAGUAAUACAUGGAGCAAUCAUAGCGAGCAAUGGUAAAUUAACACCUAACUACGAGUAUAUCCAGGAGUUAAGAAAAUCUUCAGUUAAAAGUAGACUAAAGUCAGAUAUGAACGGAAACACUUCCACCAAGAACGUCCUAAUCCUAGGAGCAGGAAGAGUAGCUGCUCCCCUGGUAGAAUACUUAAACAGAGAUCGAUCAGUAGGAUUAACCGUCGCCAGUGAGCAACGUGAAUUGGGCGACGCUAUUUCCAAGCAAUACCCAGGCGUCGAAAGCGUUUACCUAAAUGCAGCUGAAAAUACUGGUACAUUGCAGGAAUUAGUAAGAAAAGCCAACGUUGUGGUAUCGAUCUUACCAGCAGGUCUUCAUCCUUUGGUUGCGAAAACAUGCGUUCAGGAAGGAGUUCAUAUGGUUACAGCAAGUUACAUGUCAGAUGAAAUUAAGCAACUGCACGAAGCAGCACAAGAUGCCGGAAUUACGAUUUUGAACGAAGUGGGAUUAGAUCCAGGUAUCGAUCACUUAUUAGCAUUGGAGUGUAUUCAAGAAGUUAAAAAUAACGGAGGCAGAAUCACUUCAUUCGAAUCCUACUGUGGAGGAUUGCCAGCUCCUGAAUUCAGCGAUAAUCCUCUAAGAUACAAAUUUUCCUGGUCGCCACGUGGGGCUCUUAUAAAUACUGUUGGAGCAGCUAGGUAUCUUAGAAGAGGUCAGAUUGUUGAAAUUAGUGAAGGUGGUGAAUUGAUGAGGGCAGCCAAACCAUUAGAUUUUCUUCCUGGAUUCAAUCUGGAAGGGUUCCCGAAUCGAGACAGUAUUAAAUAUUCUAAAAUAUAUGGCAUUGAAGAAGCAAAUACUGUGCUACGAGGCACGUUAAGAUACAGUGGAUUUGCCCAAGCAGCCAGACAGCUCCAGUUUCUUGGACUGCUCGAUACUGCUGAUCAUCCAAGCCUACAUCAACAAGGCCCAGAAGUUACAUGGAGAAAACUUAUCUGCGAUCUAUUAGGACUGGAAGAUGCUAACAUGUUUUAUGACAAUUUAAAGAAUAAAAUUAGUGAAAGGACUGGAACAGAUUCAGCUGUUGAUAUUUUAGAGGAGUUGGGACUUUUGGACAACCAAAAUGUUGUUAAAUGCGGUACACCUAUUGAUACGCUUACCCAUUAUCUGUCAACAAGAUUGGCUUUAGAAAAAAAUGAACGGGAUUUAGUAAUACUAAGACAUGAUGUAGGCAUCGUUUGGCCUGAUCACAAAAUAGAAAACAGGGGAAUUAAUUUAGUCGUCUACGGAGACAGCAAUGGACACUCAGCCAUGGCGAAAACUGUAGGCUAUCCUACUGCUAUUGCAACGAAGAUGAUUUUAGAUGGUGAAAUUCAAGAAAGAGGCUGCCUUUUGCCGUUUGCUCAAGAAAUUUACAGACCUAUGUUGCAGCGACUAAGAGCAGAAGGUUUGACAGCUACGGAAACAUCAAAGUUCGCUUAAAAACAACAGUCAAUACCUACAAUGAUGGGAUGCAAGUUACCAAAAGUAAAGUGAAAAAUACAGAGACAUUUGUUUUUGCUUCUUGUGCAAAAGUGUUUUACUUUUGAAUUACUUAGUAUUUUUACCGUCGAUCACGAGUUAAAGAGGAGGAAACUGUUUACUGAAUCAAAUCAGAGGUAGUCAAAAUGCUUAAAGCAAUUACAUUGCGUAGGCUAUUACUUACCUAAUAUUGGUUCAAAUGCAUUAACAUGAAAAUAAGUUGAUUUUCUAAUAACACACUGUCGAACAUAAAAUUAGUCACCAGUAAUUUAAAUUUAUUUUAGAAAUUAUUAUUCUUUUUUAACUAUUUUAAUAAGUAUUUUCGAUUGUAACAUAGUUUACUAACGGAUUGCUUAAAGGAAACAACGUUUCUGUCCUUCAAAGUUUAUUGAAAGUAAUGAAAAUGAACAACUUUCCUUUAGUUUACUAAAUAUUGAAGAGGGAAGAUUUUAAUUUAAUUAAGAGCAAAGGAAGAUUUAAUGAUUAAGAGCACAUUGGUAUACGGAUCCGAAACAUGGAGAAUAAAGGUACACCAAAAACGAAAAAUAGAAGCUACGGAGAUGGACGCCCUAAGAAGAGCAAGUAGAACAUCGAGAUUGGACCGGGUUAGAAAUGAGGAAGUAAAGCGAAGAAUGAAUUUACAGGAAACGGUUGUAGAAUGCAUUGAGAAGAAACAAUUAACGUGGUACGUAAAUGUUCAGAGAAUGGGGGAGGAAAGACCGCCAAAGAAAAUUAUGAAAUGGAUACCUACAGAAAACAGGAAAAGAGGAAGGCCAAGAACGACAUGGAUACAAGGAGUAAGACGAUCAAUGAGUGUACGAGGAUUAGAAGAUGAAAACUGCAAUGAUAGAAGAUAUUGGCAACAAGGCAUCGGACAACGUCGGAGGACGUUUUGAACCCGAAUUUAUAUAUAUAUAUAUAUAUAUAUAUAUAAGAUUUUAAUUUGAUGUGUUUUUUGUUGAAACAAAAGAAAUUUUAAGAACUUCUGUAGCCAGUAUUCCCUCCUCUGGCAGUGAUAACAGUCUGCAAAAGACAAGGUAUGCUUUUAAUCAGAUUUUGGAUCACAUUUUGCGGAAGAUUGGUCCAUUCCUGCAUUAAUACGUCACAAAGCUCUACGGAAGUUAUGAGGGCCGGUACAUUAUUUCGUAAACAUCCCGUUCAGUUAAUCCCAACAUGUUCUAUGGGAUUGAUAUUUGGAUUGGGAAAAGGCCAAACAAAUCGUGUGAUUUAAAUUUCCUCAAGAUACUCAGUAACUAUCAGAGGAGUCGUCUCCAAGAAUAACCAUAAACAGUAAAACAUGGUCUUCUAGAACCAGUUUCAGGUAUCUAUGCGUUGUCAAUGUCCCAUUCUCGAUAAAGACAACUCCGUGCGAGCGUCAAACGAUAUUCCUUUCCGUGCUAUAACUGACCCCCACCAAAUUGAAAUCGCUCAGCAACACAUGCUUGACAUAUCUCUCGCCUGUACAUCGCCACACUCUUAAGGCUGAUUUGUGUUAGACGAAAAACAAUAGAAAGCGCACGUCGCAGCACUAGCCAAUGAUUUUCAUAUCAGACGAUUCUUCAACGUGCUCCGUAAGACGGUAGUGUCGUCCAAAUCCCCGUCCUAACAUAAAUCAGCCUUAUAGAACGCGCACAUCCCCGGUGUCGCCCCAUUCCCUUGUAUGAUAAACUAGCCAAUGCUUUUCAUAUCAGAGGAUUCUUCAACGUGCCCCGUAAGACAGCCGUGUCGUCCACGUCCCCGUCCUAACAUAAACCAGGCUUUACACGUUUGUCUGGGCCCAUAAGGUAAAAUCUCGAUUCAUCGGAACACAAUAAUAAUACACGACUUCAACUCUAUCUUGUUGAGGCCAAGUGUUCUCGUGCAAAACUCAAUCUGGCAAUUCGGUGUUCAUGGGAAAGCAGCUAUCCAGUUUCUCUAGUUCGAGAAGAUAAACUAGCAGCAUGAAGUUGCCUCCUAACUUUCCAUUCACUUAUAUUUAUAUUUCUUAUUUUUUGUGGAUAAUUUCAUAAACGACAAAAUGGUUAUCUCUAGCUGUUGUAAUUCUGCCUCGACCUGAACCAGGUCCUCGAGUAAGUAGACUGGGCUCUACAUACCGUCGCCAUACUUGUUGCACACUCUAGAGACUUACACCAACGUUUGUCGCAGUUUCGCGUUGACACCGCCACAAUUCUUGCCGCCUCAACAAAACUUGAACACAACAGACAACACUACAUAAACAAUUUACAAUUGGCAUUAAAAUCCCAGAAAAAAACUAUGCUGAUAAUAGAUUUUAGGAAUUAGGUUAAGGGGCUCUGUUUAUCUACAACUGUUAUCAGUUAUCGAAACAGCAACAGCAACAAUUUGUUCACGCAAUCCAUUAAUAAACUAUGUUACCUACAACUGAAAAUAGUUAAAAAAUAAUAAUAAUUUCUAAAAUAAAUUCAAAUUAGGUACGGAAUAGGGAUCGCAGAGAUUCGGAUUCAAUAAGGCGACAAUGAAGUCGACUUUACCAAGUAACAUGACAUUUACCUACUCAACACACAUAGGUACUACACAUUACUCCACUGAGCUAGUGAUAUGAAUUACGUGGCUAAAGGUUCCAAACCAAGGCCAGAAACAAAACAAAAAAGGUACGGGUGCCCCUAAUUGUAUGCUCGAUAAUGUAUAUGAUUUAUAGUGGCCUGAAAAUUGGAAAAACUUUCUUCGUAGGUAUCUUGUGAUCGUUUGUAUAAUAGUUAUUUUCCUAACAAGUGCAGAAACUCAUUCUUUUCCGCACGCGCCUGCAGUUCGCCGAACGACGCGAAGCGGGAGUUCGGUAAGCAGUCGAAUGCGGAAAAGAGACUUUCUGCAAGCGUUAGGAACAAUAUUUUUUCUACGAGUCUUUAAAAAAUGACCAAAUCUUAAUCAAUUAAUUUAAUUAAUAUGAAAAUACAUACACAAAUUAAUUCUUUGACAAGGUUGUCAAAACCAAACUUUCAGCAUAAUUGGUUAGCAUGACGACGAUCUUGGUUUCCGUGACGACGAUUCAAAACCACUGUUAUUGUCUACUGAUUUGACUUUCGAAUAUUAUGUCAAAAUUAUUUUAUUUCAUCGAAUUAUCGCGUUAAUUUCAUUAAAACAGGAACACAAUAAGAUAUAUUUGAAAUAAAUUAGUAAAUAAUAUCUAAAUAUUAGUUUAUUGCAUGUAUUAUAAUUACUUUAAGGCCAUAUUAACAUAUCUAAAUUAACACGCGUGCGGAAAAGUAAAACGCGUGCGGAAAAGUAAAACUUUCUAAACUAAAACGCGUGCGCGAAAGUAGACAUUUUUGCACGCUCGUAGAAAAAACUUGUUUUAUAAAGCUUUAUUUAUUACUUAAGUUUUAAUAUAAAUUUUAGUUGAAUACCUUUACUGCCACUUAGUGUUUUUGACAAUUUCAACAAAUAUUGUAUGUCAACAACAUUUUAAAUGUCUAAAUAUUUCUUGCUGUAUAUUUUUACGAGGAACCCAUAUUAUUUAUUUUUAUUUUCUUUAGUAACGCGAUUGUUUUUUCUUUAUAUAUUAUUUAAUUAAAUAUAAUUGUUUAAUAUUAAUUUUUUAUAUUAUAUAAGUAUAUAAUAUUUAUAUUAAAUAUUUUAUUAGAAUUUUGAAUAAAAUAUAUAAUUUAAGAA